CAAAUGUCGAAGAAACGGAAAAGUCCUGAUGACCAGGACUUUGAGGAGUACCCGCCUGCAGGAACCAGCGACCAAGUCUGCUGCUGCAGCACAUCCACAGCGGAGCCACCACGCUGAGGAGGCGGAUCGACUGUAGCUACACCUCGGCCAGCGGUGCUGGGUCAUAGCGCCGGUGGAGGAGCGUGGAGGGGGUGGCACCACACUGCUCUCCUUGCCCUUCCUAAAUCGCGCACAAUCUCAAGCAUUGAAGGCAUCAUCACAUCAACGCGUCCUGGAAUAGUUUCGGGGUUUGGGGAAUUUUUUUUUUUUUUCGCUCAGACGCACCAAGUUGCAGCUGCAGAGGCGCACUUUUCCCCGUGGCUCCUCUCUCCUUUUGGGCUCACAAUCCGACAUGGAAGAUGGUCCGACUUCCACAAGCUGUUUCAGAAGGUUAACGGACUGUUUCCUGGGUGCAAGCUUGACAGAUGAGAAAGUGAAGGCCUACCUCUCGCUGCACCCGCAGAUUCUGGAUGACUUUGUGUUGGAGAGUGUGAGUGCAGAGACGUUGGACAGAUGGCUGAAGAGGAAGACCAGCAGCAGGCCUGCAGAUGACACAUCCUCUAAAGAAGUCAGCAGGCAGUACCAGGACACAAAUAUGCAGGGUGUGGUGUACGAACUCAACAGCUACAUAGAGCAGCGCCUGGACACUGGAGGAGACAAUAAACUCCUGCUCUAUGAGUUGUGCAACAUCAUCAAAACAGCAACUAAAGCUGAUGGAUUUGCACUUUACUUCUUGGGAGAAUGCAACAAUAGUUUAUGUUUAUUCACUCCAACGGCGGCCAAGGAUGGCCCUCCAUCCCUCAUCCCCUCUGGCCCCAUCGCAUUUGGGACAACCAUUGCCGCUCAUGUUGCCAAGACUCGCAAAACACUGCUAGUAGAGGACGUCAUGGGGGACGAGAGAUUCCCCGACGGCACAGGGCAGGACUCAGGGAUCCAUGUUCACUCUGUCCUGUGCCUCCCCAUCGUCACUGCCAUCGGGGACCUCAUUGCCAUCGUGGAGCUUCACCGGCACUGGGGCAAGGAGCCCUUCAACCUCAGCCACCAGGAGGUUGCUACAGCUAAUUUAGCAUGGGCAUCAGUUGCUAUUCAUCAAGUGCAGGUGUGCAGAGGCCUCGCCAAACAGACUGAGCUCAACGACUUCCUACUAGACGUGUCAAAAACAUACUUUGAUAACAUUGUGGCAAUAGAUUCUCUACUUGAACAUAUUAUGAUAUAUGCAAAAAACCUGGUGAAUGCAGACAGGUGUGCACUCUUCCAGGUAGAUCACAAUAACAAAGAACUAUACUCUGACCUGUUCGACAUUGGGGAAGAGAAAGAAGGCAAACCUGUCUUUAGGAAAACCAAAGAAAUUAGGUUUUCUAUAGACAAGGGAAUAGCUGGCCAAGUGGCUCGGACAGGGGAAGUCUUAAAUAUCCCAGAUGCCUAUGCAGACCCACGGUUCAACAGAGAGGUGGACCUGAAAACUGGCUACACCACGCGGAACAUUCUGUGCAUGCCCAUUGUGAGCAGGGGGACCGUUAUAGGUGUGGUGCAGAUGGUGAACAAGUUAAGCGGAAGUGCCUUCACUAAAACAGAUGAGAACAACUUUAAGAUGUUUGCUGUCUUUUGUGCUCUGGCCUUACACUGUGCAAAUAUGUACCACAGGAUCCGACACUCUGAAUGCAUUUACAGAGUGACGAUGGAGAAACUGUCUUAUCACAGCAUCUGCACAUCAGAAGAAUGGAAGACCCUCACCCAGCUCAACCUCCCUGCACCUAUUUAUAAAGAGAUUGAAAUGUUCUACUUUGACAUCAGUCCCUUUGAGGAGAUCUGGCCUGCCAUUUUUAUCUACAUGGUUCAUAACUCCUGUGGAAAGACCAGCUUUGAGCUGGAGAAGCUGUGCCGGUUCACCAUGUCCGUAAAGAAGAACUACCGCCGUGUGCCCUACCACAACUGGAAGCACGCAGUGACGGUGGCACACUGUAUGUACGCCAUCCUACAGAAAACCUCUGGGAUCUUCACAGAGCUAGAGAAGAAGGGUUUGCUAAUAGCCUGUCUUUGCCAUGAUCUGGACCAUCGGGGGUAUAGCAAUGCCUACCUCCAGAAGUUUGACCAUCCACUGGCUGCUCUGUACUCAACCUCCACCAUGGAGCAGCACCACUUCUCUCAGACUGUUUCUAUCUUGCAGCUGGAAGGGCACAAUAUUUUCUCCAACCUGACUUCCAGCGAGUACGAGCAGGUGCUGGAGAUCAUUCGAAAGGCCAUCAUCGCCACAGAUCUCGCCCUCUACUUCAACAACCACCAGCAGCUGUCGGAGCUGCUGACCUCAUGUGCGCUGGAUUUGAACAACCAUUCCCACAGGGACCGUGUGAUUGGUCUGAUGAUGACAGCAUGUGACCUGUGUUCUGUUACCAAGCAGUGGCAAAUCACACGACUCACAGCCAACGACAUCUAUGCUGAGUUUUGGGCUGAGGGAGAUGAGAUGAAGAAGAUUGGGAUCCAGCCGAUCCCUAUGAUGGACAGAGACAAGAAGGACGAGGUUCCCCAAGGCCAAGUGGGAUUCUACAAUGCUGUUGCAGUUCCAUGUUACACAACACUUGCUGAGCUUUUUCCUCCAUCAGGUCCUCUGCUAAAGGCCUGCAAAGAGAACCUGGGCCAGUGGGAGAAAAUAGCAAGGGGAGAGGUGGAGGACAUCGUGCCCAGCCGGCCUUGUGAUUCAGGCCCUGUUAAGGUGGACAACUGACAGACAAAGGAGGGUUGCUUGCUCACCAAAGGAACACAGCCUGAAUCCUGCCGUGGACCCAGACCAUUGAAGGGGAAUGAACCCGCAAUCUGUGUUGGCAGGAGACGGAUUAGAUAAAGGCGACUUGACUUUCAAAACACACACACACAGUUACCUCAUCGGGUGACGGAGGUGUCAACACUGACGGUUUCACCGAUCCCAGAGAGUGACAGACAGUUGUUGGUGAGGGACUUCAAUCCAUCGCCCUACGUCCACUCAGCUUGGGAAUUCACUUGGUAGAAUGGACGUGGUUGCUUUAUUUUGGCUGUAUUAUGUUAUUUUAUUAUUUUUCUUCAUGCGAGCUGAUUCCAUUAUGGUCUUGUAUUUGCAGAGGCCUUAUUCUGAACCUUUCACAGGCUAGGAUAUGUGAAAUCUUGUUGUCAGUUCAGGCUUUUUUUUUUUUUUUCUUUUUUUUAAACGGUACUGUUUGCCUUCUGUGUUUGCCGUAUGCGCACUACUUCAGCAAGGUAUUCCCAGAGACAGAAGGAAUGUGUGGAGCAGAUGUAGGGGUGUAAUGCCAUCUCAUUGAAAAGGUGGACACUAGAUUUUUUUUAUUACUUUUUCAGCAAAAAUCCUUUGCAGUACUUGAAUAAAGACAUACAGCCUAUUCUGCGAGGAGAUGGCAGAAAUCCCCUGCAGUGUAUGCUACAAGUGUGGAUGAACUGUGAUGAGUUACAUAAUGCCGACAUUUGUGAAUACAGUCACAAGAGAGUCACAAUGUUUCCUGAAGUGGACCCCACAGCCUUUUAGCCCCAAGCAUGUAGAAACCUGCUGCACAGUACAUCAACAUCCUUCGGAUUAACAGGAUCUGACCCCAGAUCAGCAGUCACUGUUUGUAGUACGGAGAUCAGGAAAAAGAAAUGAGCAAGGUUCCCGUUCCAGAUGUUUAUAUUAAGCCAAGACUGCAUACUGCUUAAUUUCCUCUCUCAUUUUUGAAGCCACUAUCACAUCAUCAAUUACUUUGCACAACAAGUUAACUAAAGAAUGAUUGUAGGAAGUGGACUGCAUAGUUUGGGAUGUUUUAUCUUCUUUAUUUUUUUUUUAUAAGCACGUUUUAUAGAGGCUGAAGUUAACAGCAAACAGUCAUCUGCUUCAUAUUUUCCCAUAAUGUCAAACCUGUUAAGCUAGUGAAAUAUGUCCAUCUCUGGGAUUGCAAGUCAAGAAUGUAGUUUGACCGUUUGCCGGUGUGUGACUGAAGUUUCCCUUGAAGGAAAUCAAUCAUCCUCUUUUACACUGAUUCUCCAACUUCAUGCUGGGGGUUGGGGGUGGGGCACACACACAUUUGGAUGCUUUCAGAUGAGUUUCCGAGAUCUUCCAAAAGACAAAUUUAUUUGUCUGAAACUGUCAUUCCAGUGGACAGUGUCCCUCAGAGACUGACACUAUUGCUCCAGUAACUUGUUAUACGACUGAUACUGCAGCCCCCGGUUUUGUGAAUGUACAUUUCGAUGAAUGUUUCGUUGGUUGUAGACGCUCGGUGGUGGCACGUGGGUAAGCGCACCAUCAGUUACCACGAUGUGCUCUGUCUUACUUUUCAGAAUUGCUUCCAGUAAGCUUCAACCAAGAGCAACAAUUAGCAUGCACCUAAACCGAACUUUAUAUUCAAACUUUUUGCAUAUAGGUGUAUACUGUGUACAAUCUAGGAUUUAGUUUGUACAGACUGAGAUGUAUGCUCUGAUGGUGCUACUCUGAAUGGCAGUCGCGCACUUUCGGACUGUGUGUGUGUGUGUGUGUGUGUGUGUGUGUGUGUGUGUGUGUGUGUGUGUGUGUGUGUGUGUGUGUGUGUGUGUGUGUGUGCGUGCGCAUGUGUGUGUAUGUGAGAGAGACAUAGAGAGAGCACGAGCAUGAAAGAAAGCUUUGUCUUUUCCCCACUCCAACCCCACCUGACAACAUGAUAAAGUCACUGCACUGUCCCUUCUACUUUUCAGCACCAGUUAUAUCCUAUUGUCUGCACUAUGUUUAGCUUAUCAUUAUUAUUAUUAUUAUUAUUAUUAUUAUUGCUAUUAUUACUAUUGUUAUUUUCUUAAUUAGAGUUAAAUUUAAAUUAACUUAUAUUUUUUAUACAAAGAAAAAUAAUGUUGGCCUUUUUUGUUUUGUACAAAGUAAACAUUAAGAUAAAUUAAACAGUCUAGACAUGUUACUGUUACCCAGAAUAACUGAGGAAUGUCUUAACUGUAAAUGUAAGAGCAGUAGCCCAAAUGACUUUUAAUAAAU